AUGUCCAAUUUCAUUGGUAGUUCAUUAUUAUUACCCAUAGCCAUCUUAUUUCUAUUGCUCCCACAUUCUUUGAGCGUUGACACCCAUACUCAGCAAUUGAUAGGUGACAUUUGUAGGAGAACUUAUAAUUAUGGGUAUUGUAUCAAUGUGUUUUACAAGAAUUUGUACAAGCCCACGAUGGAUAUCAAAGGAUUAGCUGAAAUAGCGGUCACGCAGACAUUAUUACACACGUCGGAUACCCUGAAAUUCAUAGUGAAGUCGUUGGAUUCAGAAAGGAGAUCGGACAUAAGAGAUGUUUACAACUUUUGUAGGAAUUCCUACAACAGUGGUUUGAGUAAAUUGACAGACGCCCUUUUGGCAUUUGCUAAAGGAGACUAUAGAAACAUGCUAAUUUUGUUGGGAACGGGUGACAGAUAUCUGAGUAAAUGUCAGGUUUUCAAUGCAAAUCGGGUGCCACAAUUGGCUGAUGAAAAUGGUAAUAAUAGAGAGUUGAUUCAAAUGUCACUUGUGAGUGGCCAGCUUAUUUUAACAGUUAAUAAUCUUAAGCCAACUUUGGAAAAAGAGUGUAACAUGUCCAAGCUCACUCUUAGUUCAUUAUUAUUUCCGACAGUUAUUGUAUUUCUAUUGAUCCCACAUUGUUUGAGCGUUGACAGCGAUACUCAAGAAUUGAUAAAUACGAUUUGCAGGAGCACGUUUGACUAUGGAUAUUGUGUAAAUGUGUUUAAGAAUAAUUUGUACACGCCAACAACGGACAUCAGAGGAUUAACUUAUAUAGCAAUCACACAAUCAUUCGUACACGCAAAGGGUACACUAAAAUUCGUAGUGGGUUUGAUCGAUUCGGGAAAGAAUGUGGAGUGGAGAGAUCUUUAUAAGAUUUGUGAAGUUACGUAUGAGAAUAUGGUGAAAGAAUUCACAGAUGCAAGUUUCGCAUUUGUAAGAGAAGACUAUAGAAGUAUGCUAUUUUAUAUUGGAAAGUGUGACAGAUUUGUGAGUGAUUGUCAGAGUGUUAUGGGCAAUAGGGUGCCAGAAUUGACUGAUCAAAAUUUAUACAACAGAGAGUUGAUUCAGAUGUCAAUUUCCAGUGGCCAGCUUAUUGGAAAAAUAUUGUAA